CACGCAUGCGCAAGUUUGUAGCGCUGUAUUUUGACCCACGUGGGUUUGUUUACUUGAUUGAAAUAUGUACUUUCUUGGUUUAAAAGAUGAACCAAUUUGUGGAAGCACGUCUUUUAGCACAAAUAAGCUCGGCGGAUUGCCUGACUGGACAAAGGCUGCUUCGAGAUCCACACCAGAAUUAGGUUGUCCUCUGUGCGGGAGGAAGCUACUCUUCGCUCUACAAAUAUACAGCCCUCUUGACAGAACUAGUUUCUACCACAGGACACUUUAUAUAUUCUGUUGCAUCAACCCAUCGUGUUGGAAUAAGAGCGAAAGUUGGAAAGUUAUACGAAGCCAGGAAGAUGCCAAAACAGAAUCUCCACCCCAACCACACACCGCAGGAGUCAGUGAUUGGUUGGAUGAACAGGACGUUUGGGGUGACCCGUCUGAUUCUGGAAACGUAGACCCCAUAGCGGCAGAACUUCCACAAACCCUUCAAAACUUGGCCUUAUCGUCUGCGACUGCGAGCGGGUCACACACAGAGACCAUUAUGGAAGAUACUUCGUUUGAAUUGGAGGCGGUAUCUGAAGUGCAGGUCGAGCUGCCAGUGGCGAAUGUGAAAGAAAUCUUUGGAGAAUUAAGACAAAACGAGCAACAAAGAUGCGACGCACUGCAGGAUAUAUCUGGAACAUUUCGCAGUUAUUAUAUUGAAGUAGUCGAAGAACCUGGUUCAGAUCAGAGUGAACUGGAUUCUCAUGUGCACAGUCUGCUACAGCAGUAUCAAUGCACAGAAGGAAGUGUUUUCACAAAAUCAAGCAAUGAAGCAGCAGAGAAGCGAGUGAACUACGCUGAGGAGCAUUACGAGAAGACAAACAUCAGGCACGGAGAUGAAGUUUUCUACAAAUUUCACAAACGGUUACGUCGCCAUCCAGAUCAGCUGAUAAGGUUCUGUUGGAAUGGGGAGCCCCUGUUUAUCAGCAAGCAGCCAUGCACCCUGAAGGUAGCAGAUUGCAUAAGGUGUGGUGCAAACAGGUGUUUCGAACUACAAAUUAUGCCUGCGCUGAUAAGGAACCUGCAGCUUGAAGGAGUGUCAUUCCAAGGUUCGCCUGUCGAAUUUGGGACUGUACUGAUCUACACUUGCAAACAGAGCUGUUGGAGCGAGACAGACAGUUGGGCAGAGGAAUUUGUCUUCGUUCAAGCGGAUCCUGACGAGAGCUUUUGGAACAAGAUGCUCGUGUAAGGGCUUUGCAAGGGAAUUAAAAAGUUGUUAAAACAA